AUGGAUUAUACAGUUUCCCUGCAAGUGCAACAUCAGCUGACGUUGUUCUCGACACACUUGUACCAGGGCUACAGUUUGGAGUUACAGAUGAAGUCGACAGAAGUGGAUCAAGGGCUUUUCACAGACAGCUACUGCAAAGUCUGCAGUGCUCAACUUAUUUCUGAGUCUCAGAGGGUUGCCCAUUACGAGAGUCGGAAACACGCCAACAAAGUACGACUGUAUUACAUGUUGCACCCCGUGGAUGGUGGCUACCCGGCCAAGAAGCUCAGAACAGACAAUGGUAGCGAGGAAGGUGAUGUGGACAAGAACAAGUGCUGCACACUAUGUAACAUGUCCUUCACCUCUGCAGUGGUGGCACAGUCACACUACCAGGGUAAAAUCCAUGCCAAGAGGCUAAAGCUGCUGUUGGGGGAGCAGCCCAACAUUACAGCCAAAGAGGUACCCCCGAGUCCUGUCAAGAGCUCCCCAGAAACAGCCCUCAUGGCCUCGCCACGACUGCGUCGGGAUUCAGAUCGCUACUGCCAGCUAUGCAACGCCUGGUUCAACAACCCCGGCAUGGCUCAGCAACACUACGAUGGCAAAAAGCACAAGAAGAACGCGGCAAGAGCAGACCUCCUGGAGCAACUGGGAAAGACCCUGGAUAUGGGUGAGAUGAAAGGUCUGAAACGAAGCUAUACCUGCGACGUGUGUAGCGUCACACUGAACUCAGUGGCACAGUACCAUGCACAUCUGCAGGGCUCAAAGCACCAAAACAACUUGAGGACCCAACUGGUGCCGAAGCAGAAAUAA